UAGUGGAAUAAUGAACAAAUGGGUAUGUGCACAAAGAUGGUGGUCAGGAAAGUGAACACCACCAAAAAAAAAAACAUUGAAAAACAAGCAGCGCGUACGCGGUUUUAAAAUUUGAAAUUCCUGCAUACGUGCUUAGGUUUGUUCUUCCCAAGCCUAGAGAAGAUAACGCGUACGCGCUGCUUUUAGGAAAAUGAGUGCGUACGCACUACGCCUAGGAAAAUGAGCACGUAUGUGUUGCUCAUAGGAAAAUGAGCGUGUAUGCGCUAAUAAUCCAAAUAUAACCGCGUACGCGAUGCCUGGUAAAAAAAAGUUUAAAAAAAAAAACUAGGUCUCAGUUACUCGUGAAUAACGCAUUUUUUACUUUGUUUUUUACCCAUUUCUUCUCCUAAACCACGAAUGGGGUGCUAGAUUUGUCCUCCAAGCUAUGGAUCAAGGUUAGUUUUUGUUUAUUUUUGUCUUUCUUUCCUGUUUGUUCAAUUUGUUUUACAUUUUGAAUUUAAUUUCAUUAAUUUUGAUUAGGUUUUUUCAUUUUUUGUCUCAAAAACCAGAUUCUUCUAAUCCAAAACAAGAACAACUAAAUGCACCUCCUGAAAACCCACAAGAACAACCAAAUGCAUCUCUUGAAAACACAUAAGAACAACCCCCAAUUCUUCCUUUUGACUGCACACCCGAAACACAUGAGCAAUUAAUUAAUCAGUUAGGACAAAAUACAUCUAAAAUCAAUAGACUGAUUGUUAAAUUGAAAACUUCUGAACUUGAGCAUCAUCUAUCCCUCGCCACUAGCCUAGAAACAUUAGCUAGUGGUGCCAUAGUUGUUUCCACACAAAAUAUCAAAUGGGGAAGCUUUAGGGAUAGGUGUCGUCAAUUCUAUGUCGAUGGGCUAUCAUACGAUGGAGUAAAAAACAAAAAUAUUACUAAACAACAAAUAUGUGCCCUUUUCAUUGAUCCCAAAACUGGUCAGUCAUUACCUCUUAAUGCAAAGAGGUUUUUCAUACAUUGGUGUACCAAUGUGUAGAUGAAGAAUCUUUUUUGGCAGAGGUGGUGGAUGGUCUUUGAUGAUCCACCUUGUAAUAAUUAUGAGGUGCCAUUAUAUUUUUUGAGAAAAAUAUAUUGUGAGUUUGUGCUUAAUGUGUGCCCAAACUAUUUUGACAUGAGAGAGUUCCAUGGUGGAGGUGGUGGCUCUACCCAAGAUAGACCUAGAGCCCGUAGGGGAUUACCUGUGGAGAGUCACCGCCCCUAGCACCCAAACCCAAGGUGCAUCAGGUUGUCCCAAUAGAGCUGAAAGAGUCGAUGGAGCUACAGACUCUUCAGGCGGCCACAGCAUUGACUGGUGCCAUCAUCCAGCAUGGGACAUCAUUAGCACACCCUAUUGUAUUGGAUGAUGAGCCAUUAGGUGGUGACAAAGAGCCCAUCUAGCAUAUGUGUGUCAGCUCUUCGGGGAUAUGCUCGGGGGUAGAUGAUGCAGCCGGUGCAAAUGGAUCCUCAUCUAAUUUGUGCAUGAUUUGCGGGAGUAGAUAUCAGACCCACACGAUUGAGGAUUUCGCGCUGACAGAUGAGUUGAUGGACAUGGUGUUUGCCCAUGAGCCACAGACACAGGAUGCAGCAACGGUAUCCCAUACUCCUCCCCCAGUUACCAUAGCUGCAACUUCGAUGCCUGUGGUGUUGACAGGGGACGAAAUGUCCCAGAUUGAUGACAUCACGCUCUUAGCGAUCGAUUUUGGCCGACAAGGCUAUACGGGUACCCCCUCCACAUCUAGGGCUCGUCCUAAGAAAAAGGAUUCCUCGAAGACGCCAAAAUGUAGGAAGAAGCUGAUUCGCCCGUGGAUCAAAAGAGGGCGGAGAAAUAUCCAUACCUAUUUCAUCAAUGGCGAACCCUCCUCCUUACACUGGAGAAGCAUCUCAAGAUCCGGUAAUAGCGACAGUUUCUACAUCAAUGGUGAGCCAUCCUCAGUCCAUUGGAGAAGCAUAUCAGGCACAAACCCCUUCACGGUACGACCAUAACGUGGAUCCAUUUAAGUAUGUCUUCAAGAAAAACUCCUAAGAGUGACAAGGAGAGGAGAGCGAAGACAUUAGCUCCUAGAUCAGCCGAUGAGCCAUCUAUAGAGCCUUGUACUGCAUUGAACAGGCUUGAUUUUGAUGAUCCACCACAAGUUUAAGAUCAUAUAGUGUUAGUUUUGGUCAUAGAAUGACCAAUACAUGUAAAUAUAUUCUACAUUUUUAUUGUAUAUCGAUUUGGACAUGGCAUAUGCCACAUUUUUGUAAUACUUGUAUUGACUUGGCAGACAUGCCUUUUUUUAUAUAUAUAAAUAUCGAUA